AUGGAGGGCCUGGACCAUCCUGAGGGUACCUGCGUGUACCCACCAGUAACCGCGGCGCCAAAAGUUCCUCAACCGCUGCUCUACAACUUUGAGCUCUACUCUCACUAUAAGCCACUUGCGCUGCGCCCGUCCGUGUCCACGCCGAGCCACCCCCAGUUUUUCCGAGAAGCUUCCAGCUCUCUCUCUCUGUCCGCCGCCUCGACGCCGUCCAGCCUCUUCGCCGCAGCCUCUCCCUUCCUGCUCAUCGAUACGCAGUCGCCACCGUCGCUGAGCUUCUCGCCCUCGGCCUCGUCCCUCUCCGGAGCGUCAGUCGCCGUGAUGGACCUCGACCCGCCGCCCGGGGCCGACAUGCCGUCCUUUGGCCUCGUCGGGUCGUCGCUCCCGGAGCCUCAACCCGCUGCAGACGGCCCCGGAUCCCUGUCCAUCGACCGCCGUCCCAAGAAGUCGUCCAUGACGUGCGCCGUCUGUCGGUUCCGCAAGGUGCGGUGCAACGGGGCGCGUCCGUGCUGUGGCAAUUGCCAGCGCCUGGGAUUCCCCUGCUCCUACGACGAUGCCGACGUCGACGCCUGGUCUCUUGCGCUGCCGCGGCGGCGUGUCAAGCAGGCCUGCUUGAGCUGCCACAGCCGCAAGGCCCGGUGCUCCGGCCAUCUGCCCUCGUGUGAGCGGUGUCGGGUCCAGGGCAUCGAGUGUGUCUACCGGCCCAGCAAGCGAGCCAAGCCGUUGUCACUCGUCAAGAGCCCCAACAGCCCAGAUCGAGAAUCAGAUCGAGAAGGUGGCCGAGACGGCCGCAGUCAGGGAGAGAAUCGAGAUCAGGAUGAUCUACGCAACGAAAGCCCAGCCUUGACUGACCAGGCCAGCUCUGUGAGUCCUGGGCCGGAUAUCGCCGAACGCCUUUCUAUAGACGAAAGCUUCGACUCCAUCGUGAACCGCGCCUUCGACCUCUUCUUCCGCCAUGUCCACCACAUGCCCAUGUUCACCUUUUUGCAUCGAGCUUCUCUUAUGGAGCAAUAUCAGGCUGGCAAAGUCGAAAGACCACUUCUGCUGGCCAUUGUCGGUAUCACUUCAUGCCUGACCAACAUGGGCCCCGGCAUGCGCGAAUAUGGAAAUCACUGCAUCGAUAAAGCCGAGGCCCUUCUUCUCGCCGACUACAGCCGCCUCUCCAUUGUCAAAAUCCAGGCACUCGUCUUCGUCAUCAAGCAUCGCAUUCUCUGUAACAGGUUCUCCAGCGCCUUUGUCCUCCACAGCUUUGCUUCUCGUUAUGCCACCGCGCUGCGUCUCAACUACGAGGCGCCACACCUUCGUUUCCUGGCGCAGGAAUCUCGUCGGCGCCUCAUGUGGGCCAUGUACUGCAUCGAUACCAGUGUUUGUGGCGGAUACCCCGAUUUUGUUCUCUGGAGGGCCGACCAGAUCCAUGUGAGCUUGCCUUGUAACGAGCGCAACUUCGAAUUCGACCUGCCGCAGCAUACAGAAAAGCUUGUGCCAGAUUCGCACCAGCCACGACCACCACUGGCCGAGGACGUAGGAACCUUGGCUCUCCAUGCGCGCAUCUUAUAUAUUCGCCAGAAGAUUAUCGAAUUCACCAGGGUGGCGCAAUAUGACCGCGGAAUGGAACCUGCUGAGCUGCAAGGCCGUAUUCUUGCCUUGGACAAGGAGCUAAGCGAUUUUGCGGCCAACCUACCGACAUCUUUUCAGUUUUCCGAAAACUCCUUGCGCCUCCGCGCCUACUCCCCGCGAAUCUGCGUCUUCGUCAUGAUCCACGUCUGGUGGCGCCAGUGUUAUUGUGACCUCUACCGCCUCGCCUUGGCCGAUGUGAACGGCGGACUGCCGCAGUCCAUGCUCGAAAUGUUUGACCAAGCAUUCCUCGAUCACUGCCACAGGCAAUGUGUGGAUCAUGCCCUGGCCCUGACUCACAUAUUCUCACUGAUACAAAAGCUUGAUGCCAAGCCGGUGGCGGAUAUUGACCUCGCCAUGUGUGCGUACCAGUGCGCUCGGAUGCUCAUGUACCUCUUCCAGCUUGAUCUCUUCAGCCGCUUUGGCAUCACAGCAGAGACAGUCAUGGAGCAGGCGCAGCUCUGUCUGCAGACCAUCAAGGACUGCUGCGUAGGACCUGCGGUGGACUGCAUCGUGACAGACCUUGAGAGGUUGAUUAGCCAAGGAAGAGCCGGCUCCAUCCAAGGCAACAUCAUGCCGUCGCAGACUAUUCCUCAAGACGCCCGGUUUGCAGAUGGGUCAGAUGUGUUGAAUGCUUCCUCCUCGGCCGGCAUGCAGCCUUUCAGCUCACCUCCCAAUGCGUCCAACAACACCGUCUCGCCCUUUACUCAUCCUGUCAUGACAGCUCCGUGGAUGUCGGAUAGCGGCUUUGCGUCCACCAUCGACCAGCAAACGCUGCCGCCAGAGAUGCAUGCUGCAGAUCCCAACAAGGGCGAGACGCCCGAGCUAUCUGCACCCCGAUCAGACUACGCGCAGUCGGAUUUGAACAACGCCUAUGACGGGGCCUUUGCAGGGCUGGGACUCGAUGACGGAUUUGACUAUGCCAUGGGGGUGGACAUGAAUCUCUGGGCUACCAACGGGGGGAGCUGGAUGUCGCAGGGAUUUGGCAAUAAUAGUACCUGGCUGUGA